CCCACCUGGGAACCCAGCCGCUGAAGGAGCAGCACGUGGGGAGAUGGCUACUGAGGGCUCUGCCGAACGGGGUCCGUCUGCCCCGGCCUGCAAGGAGGCCCCUGGCACGAACGACAGUACCUUGCACUCCCAAUCAGCCGCCAAGAUGUCAGGAGACAUGGACAAGCCUCUGAUCAGCCGCCGCCUGAUGGACAGUGAUGGGAGCCUUGCCGACAUCCCCAGCGAGUCCCCCAAAGUGGGGGUCCUGGGCAGCGGGGACUUUGCCCGCUCCCUGGUCACACGCCUGGUGAGCUCCGGCUUCAGUGUGGUGGUGGGGAGCCGCAACCCCAAGCGCACGGCCGGGCUGUUCCCCUCAGCGGCACAAGUGACUUUCCAGGCAGAUGCAGUGGAUUCGCCUGGUAUCAUCUUUGUGGCCAUGUUCCGGGAGCAUUACUCCUCACUGUGCAGCCUCAGCGACCAGCUGGCUGGCAAGAUCCUGGUGGAUGUGAGCAACCCCACGGAGCAGGAGCACCUUGGGCACCACGAGUCCAAUGCUGAGUACCUGGCUUCCCUCUUCCCCACCUGCACAGUGGUCAAGGCCUUCAACGUCAUCUCUGCCUGGACCCUGCAGUUCGGCCCGAGGGAUGGGAACAGGCAGGUGCCCAUCUGCAGCGACCAGCCGGAAGCCAAGCGCACCGUCUCCGAGUUGGUACAGGCCAUGGGCUUCACGCCCGUGGACAUGGGGGCCCUGGUCUCGGCCCGGGAGGUGGAGGCCAUGCCCCUGCGCCUCCUCCCGGGCUGGAAGGUGCCCACCCUCCUGGCCCUGGGGCUCUUCAUCUUCUUCUACAUCUAUAACUUCGUGCGCGACGUCCUGCAGCCCUACGUGCGGGACAGCAAGAGCAAGUUCUACAAGCUCCCCGUGUCUGUGGUCAACACGACGCUGCCGUGCGUGGCCUACGUGCUGCUGUCGCUGGUGUACCUGCCCGGCGUGCUGGCGGCCGCCCUGCAGCUGCGCCGGGGCACCAAGUACCGCCGCUUCCCCGACUGGCUGGACCACUGGCUGCAGCACCGCAAGCAGAUAGGCCUCCUCAGCUUCUUCUGCGCCGCCCUGCACGCGCUCUACAGCUUCUGCCUGCCCCUGGGCCGCGUUAACCGCUACGAGGUGGUCAACCUAGCCAUCGAACAGGUCUUGGCCAACAAGAGCCGCCUGUGGAGUGAGGAGGAAGUGUGGCGGAUGGAGAUAUACCUCUCCCUGGGAGUGCUGGCCCUCGGCACGCUGUCCUUGCUGGCCGUCACCUCACUGCCAUCCAUUGCAAACUCACUCAACUGGAGGGAGUUCAGCUUCAUUCAGUCCACUCUGGGCUUCGUGGCCCUGGUGCUGAGCACCCUGCACACACUCACCUACGGCUGGACCCGCGCCUUCGAAGACCGCCAUUACAAGUUCUACCUGCCUCCCACCUUCACACUCACGCUGCUCGUGCCCUGUGUCGUCAUCCUGGCCAAGGCUCUGUUCCUGCUGCCCUGCCUCAGCCGCAGACUCUCCCGCAUCCGGAGGGGCUGGGAGAGGGAUGCCGCCAUCAAGUUCACACUGCCGAUGGGCCACGCCCUGGCCCAGAAGACGAGCCACGUGUGAGGUGCCCGCCUAUGGCCCCAGAACCCAGACAUGGGCAGGACAGUGCCCAGGGCCUGUCGGGGCUGCUUUUCUCCAUAGUGCAGGAGGGUGAAAUUGUGAACAAAUUGGUGGUUUGAGGUCUGAAUUCCCAGGACACAAAUGUAUCCCAGGAAUACAGUAAUAUUCCAGAUGGCACGCACAUGUGUGUGAUAUAUAUGUUCAUGUAUAUUUCAUAUGUAUAUAUAUACUUAUAUAUAUUUGCAUUUAUACUUAAAAAGUUGAGCCCCUGAGAUUUCAACUUGUAGAUUUAAAAGCAAGAGCCAAAUGUUAGGAGAACAGCAGCCCAUACUGUUGUGAUAUUUGCGGAAAUAGACACACUCUUGGCACAGAGAAAGGCAGGAAGACUCUUACCGUGGUGGGUUCCAUCCAUUUGUGUCCCACUCCCUUUUUGCUGCUUUCCCAAGGCUUUAGCAGAGAUGGAGCUCUAAGGGGGGGCAGGUGAGAGCUCUGCCUGGAGCCUCCUGGGAUCACAAGGUUGAAGAGUCACCAGUGAGCAGGGGUGGCUUCUCUCUCAUUCACCUGCAGUGGCGGCAGGAGGUCAGGCUCGUGUGGGAGUCCAGGCCCCGGGGGGUGAGCCUGGUGUCUGUACCCUGGAAGACAAUUAAAGAUCAGUCCUUUGCCGGGGCGGGGGGUUGGGGCCGAAGCUAUCCCCCCCAAUUCUCCUUGAGCCGGGAAGAUUUUUUCCUGCAAGUCAGAAGUCCCCACUGCGGCUGCACAUUGAUCCCCUUGCAGGAGUGUGAAGUCCCCUCCGCGUAGGAGCCAUAAUGCCUUGAGAACAAGUGUAAUUUUUUUUCCCCUCCUUUAAGUUGGUGGUGACCGUUCUUUAAACCACUGUGCCUUCUCACCUUUCAGAUCAUUAGUUUGGAUAUCUCUUAGGAAGGCCCGGAGCAGGCCCUCCGGAAAGCAGUUCGAGGGGGAAGCGGGAAAGGAAGCAGACGGCACUCAGCAUUGCAGCUGAGGCUUUUCCUAGACCCGCCCAGGGCACUGGGGGACUCGUUGUCCCUGCUGAACUGGGCCCGUGGAAAAACCUUGGGCAGAGAACCUGCCAGAAGACCCCGCUCCACGUUCCACACUGCUUCGAGAAAGAGGGAGAACGUGGGCAAAAGUGACCCCAAGGACUACCAACCCCAGCCGGUUACAUUUCAGAGUAGUUGGGAGGGUCUUUUCUACCAAAGCUGCAAACUCAUCGUCCUGCCGCCCCAAGGCACAAGAGGCUGGACCCCAGCCAGGGCCCCAGGACACGUGUCCUCGAACCCCCAUGCCAACCCUUGCUGGUUCCUGCUGAAACUGCUGUGAUUUCCCCUGUGGAAAAAUAGCUGUUCUUGGCUGAGCCCCCCGACCCCAGGCCAGGAUGAUCUGUCCCCUCCACACAAGAAAAGGCCCUUUGACCACAAAGGGGAUGGGGUCCCCCCAGAAGACACGAGUGAGACAAACCCUGAACUCCGCUCCGAAUGCAGAGUGUUGGCCACACUCGAGUCUUCUGGGCCGCGGGGAAUCUUAGGAACACGGUCGAGCCAGCAAAGGCUGAUGAGAUGGUGCUUCCAGAAGACCCCCAUGGCUGCCCCCGAGAGGCUUCAUGAGUUGUGUCCGCAGGACGCAGUAGAGUCCUUUAGCGAAAAGGGGGAGAAAGAAAGCCAAGUGCAAGAAUAUCCCAUUAGGGCCAGAGAUGGACGAAGGGAAGGUGGUUUAGGCGAAGCUGGCGGCUUCUGCAGAUGUUGUCUAUCUGCUCCUUCGAGGCUGAGCGGCAGAUGCUCGUCUUCUGAGUGGGCCCUGACGGCGUGGUGCUGUGGUCCUCGGACAGGCUCGCUGAAAAGGAGGCAGGUGAAGCACAUGUUCCCGCAUUUGCUUCGCAUGAGGAGGGCCUGUCGAUUUCCCGCUGACUGGAAGCACAGAGAACAUGGGCGGCCAGGCCCCACUAGGGACCGCUGGCCCCAGGCAGUGCUGGUGGCCCUCCUUCCCUGGGCCCUGGGAAUCUCCUUAUACCAAAGAUGCUGGCACACAGCCAACUCCAGCACGCUCCCUCCCCUUCCCCGGCCACCUCCUGCUACGGGCGCUCCUAGGGGAAGGAAAUGGCUCCGAGAGGGAUGGGAGUGGCAGGGGGGAGCGGGUUCAACAGGGGACUGGCCACCCACCGACUAGACAGUCAGCCCAUGAAAGGCAAGGUGGGCUGUGUGUUGGGCCUUGAUCUGGUGUCUGCUGCUCUUCCCUACCUCACCAGGCCACUGGCGAUGGUGUCCUCAUGAGCGCGAGUCACUCCUUUUCUGCUGGUAAAUUCUCUGUGCCUCUGGGUACAAAAGUGCCUGAACCAAUGUGCUCCAGAAAUCCUAAAUGCCAUGGCUUGAGGUUUAAAAUCAACGCCAUCGCAACCGUCUGUGUAUUUUGUGUUUGAAACCUUGUAGGGCUUGUCUAAGAGCAACACAAAUAAACACUUGACCUUC